CGGAGCUUCACUCUGGUGGAGGAAAGCGAGCGCGGCGGGUUGCCUGACGUGCCACCAAGUGACCAACCGCCCCCCCCCACCAGCACCACCACCUCAACACCCCCACUCCUGUAUUUACCAACAACAGGCGCAACCCCGAACCGUCCCCACUUACACCCCCACCGCCCCCCCCCCCCCAGCGCACGGACUCUCUCUCAAAGAGAACUCCCCUCCACCUCGACUAAUAAAUGCCAAGAGGAAAAACGAAAAAGCCCGACGACCAGGAUCGCUGCGCAGAGGAAGUGGAGAGGAACGGUCGGACGAACACGUAGAGACGACAAGACGACGCACGGAUCGCCGCCGUUGCCCGUUUCUCAAUGCAUACCCUUUGUGCCCGAGGAACGAUGAAGCCGGAGAUCACCGCCGCCGUCGGAUUUCUGUCGAGAUUUCUGCGCGUAAAAGGACACGUAAACGACCGACAGGUCCAGACGUUCAACCAAAGCUUACAGGACAUUCUGUCAGAGCAAUACAAGCACCACUGGUUCCCAGACAGGCCCUGCAAGGGUUCCGGCUACAGAUGCAUCCGCAUCAACCACAAGAUGGACCCGCUGGUGGGGCAGGCGGGCCAGCGCAUCGGCCUGACCAUCCAGCAACUCUACCUGCUGCUGCCCAGUGAGCUCACCCUCUGGGUGGACCCCUUCGAGGUGUCCUACCGCAUCGGCGAGGACGGCUCCAUCUGCGUCCUCUACGAGUCCGCGCCCUGCCCCGUAGGAAUGCCGACGAUGGCCACCAUCGGGUCCCCCUCAGGCCACGGCAUGCUGGGGAGCCCCAUGGUGGACAGCCGCCACAGCUGCAAGGAGGAACUGAUGGUGAUGGGCCGAACCAGUCCCUCCAAAAACUACAACAUGAUGACUGUGUCCAGUUAAAGGGUCACCGCCGGCAAACUUUUUGUUUGUCUCCGGCUGGUCGGAUCGUACGAUCAGAUCAGGGUGAGCCUUUUUUUUUGAAGCUAAGAAUAUGAAAUGAAAUAGUGAAAGAAGAAAUGAGAAAGAAGAAGAAGAAAAAAAAAACAGGAUGUGGCCUAUCGUCCAGGUGAUGGAAACCUUGUAGGUUUGCUCUUUUUAAACCUCCCCCUCCCACCCCAUUAUCAUUUGUUUUGUGUCAUUGGAUCAAACUGGGCACUUAUUUUAGGAGUGGCUUUGUGGAAAUGGAAAUGUUUGGGCAGCUAAACGACCAACCUGGAACCCCCCUUGCCCCCCCCCAUCCCCCUCAACCGUAAACAACAUGGCGAUCAGCUCCGUCCAUGAAGGGGCCGUAAUCGCCUUUUCACUCUUACUUGUGGUUGCUAUGGGUACACGUUCAACCCACCAACACAAAAAAAACAAACCAACCAAACCAAAACCAAAUCCCGAUUUAUCAGGAAUAAUUCCUUCAAUUUACACAA